GGUUUUACCCGAAUUAUGCACACCCCUACCCGUGGUGAUGGUUUCUACAACACAACCGCAGGCAGGAGCCCUGACAUGGUAUACGGUCUUUUCCAUUGCCGUGGGGAUCUUUCUACCAGCGACUGCCAAGCGUGUGUCACCUUUGCCACCACCGAUAUUUCCCAACGUUGUCCCAACCAAACAACGGCGGUGGCUUGGUACGACGAGUGCCUCCUACGGUACUCGAAUCGAAAUAUCUUCUCCGUUGUCGAAGACCGACCCGCAGUUAGAUUGAGUAACUAUCGGAAUGCAACUGGGACAGAAAUCCCUUUCGACCAGCUAGUGGCCGCCACAGUUGUUAUGAACAUGAACGAUAUAACAACCCAAACGGAAAAUAAACCCGCAGGUUCUAAAAAAUUUGCGACAAGAGAGACCAAACUUUCAAGUUCUCGAACACUGUACACGCUCGCCCAGUGUACACCGGACUUAUCAGGCAGUGACUGCAGUAUAUGUCUGCAAGGAGCACUAGAACUUCUUCCAACUGGAUGGCUAGGCGGAAGAUUGUUGAGUCCUAGCUGCAACGUCAGAUAUGAAAUUUACCCCUUCUAUAAUCCAACGAUAGUUUCGCCUCAACCUCCUCCUGCAGCAGAAGAAGAGAAACAAAACAAAUCAAACCGGAUUCCAGUACUUGUUGCAAGUUUAUCAGCAAUUUUUUGGCUGGCUGUGGUUUUUAUCUCUGGUUUCUUCAUCCGGAGGAGGAGAAACAGUCGAGACGAAGAAAACAGCCAAGAAGUUCAAUUACUUGACUUGGUAAAUGAGCACUCAAGGGAAACUUUUAACGGAGAAAAUGGGGAGAGAUCUCAGGAGUUUCCUUCUAUACAGUUGGAUGUUUUACAUGCAGCGACAAAUCACUUUUCUGAUGAAAAUAAGCUGGGACAGGGUGGAUUUGGUCCUGUAUUCAAAGGAACAUUAGCAAAUGGUAAAGAAAUUGCAGUUAAAAGGCUGUCAGAAACUUCCAGUCAAGGGCUUGUUGAAGUCAAGAAUGAAAUCAUGUUAAUUGCUAAACUACAACAUAGAAAUCUUGUGAGGCUCUUAGGAUGUUGCUUAGAGAAAAGUGAGAAGUUGCUUGUAUAUGAAUUCAUGCCCAACAAAAGCCUGGACGUUUUCCUAUUCGAUUCGAAAUUAGCUGCUCAACUGGAUUGGCAGAAACGAUUCAAUAUUAUUAAAGGAAUUGCUCGAGGUAUUUUGUAUCUACACGAAGAUUCUAGUCUAAAAAUUAUACACAGGGAUCUUAAAGCAAGUAAUGUUCUACUCGAUCAUGAGAUGAAUCCGAAAAUUUCUAAUUUUGGUAUGGCAAGAAUUUUUGAAGAUCAAAACGAAGCAAAUACCAAUAGAGUCGUUGGAACAUAUGGAUAUAUGGCACCAGAAUAUGCUAUGGAAGGACUCUUUUCUAUCAAAUAUGAUGUUUUCAGCUUUGGAGUCCUUUUAUUGGAGAUUAUUAGUGGAAAAAAGAACAAUGGUUUUCAUCAUUUAGAGCAUGGUGAAAGCUUGUUGACUUUUGCAUGGAAAUUAUGGUCCAAGGGCGAAGGAAUGGAGCUAAUAGAUCAGGUCCUUGUUCCUUCAUGUGUGGCUUCUGAGGUGCUUAAAUGCAUUCAUAUUGGGCUAUUAUGUGUGCAAGAAGACCCGGCAGACAGACCAACCAUGUCAUCUGUGAUUUUCAUGUUGGCAAGUGAUAGUACCAUAACACUUCUUUGUCCAUCUGAACCAGCAUUUUUCGUUGGGCGUGCAAUUGCAAAGCCAACUGAACCUAUUUCAGAUGAUGGAGUCUUUUCGGUUAAUGAGGUCACAAUUUCAAAUUUCUCACCUCGCUAAUUUGAUUGUUGUACUAACAAUACUAGUUUAUCAAAAACCUUUCAUUUUUAUU